UGAAACUGUGCCCCCUGAUGCGUGCGAAGCGGAUGAAAUUCGUAAAUCCUUGCCCCCGUCAGGUUCGAACCCGGGAUUAAAUCCCUGAUUCGUCCAUUCUCCCAAAUGUCCCUCGAAAAUGACCCAGGCUGCUUCGCGGCUAAGAAGACAUGCCUUUUAAAACGGUUCGUUUACACCUUACCAAACACUAUAAAUAUAUUAUUAACCCAAAGACGAUAAACUGUAACUGAAGUCAAACAACGGUUGUGAAGUCACCCCCGCCCUGAAUUUCGCCGGAGAUGGAGAACGGUGACGAUUGGCUAGCUCACGACAAGCUCCAACACUUCAUUCUCUGCUUCACCAUCACCAUUAUCGUCUCCUUCCUCGCAUCCCGCACCAAAUACUCUCUCCUACGUCGCCGCAGCAUCUCCAUAGGUUGCGUUCUCUCACUCACCGCCGGUGCCGCAAAAGAGUUCGCCGACGAGCUCGGCUUCUUCAAAUCCGCCGGUGGUUCCGUCAAAGACGCCGUUGCUGACAUCAUCGGCGUUUUAGUUGCGGUGAUUGCUCUCAAUCUAUGGAAUUCAUUUUGUUCUCGUGAUAGAUCUGUGCAGUUCGAGCAAACUCCAGGAUAUGAGAUGGUUUGAUUCGAGUUUGACCGGUAUAAUUACAGUUCCAGAUCUGGUGAUCAUUGUUGAAUCGCUCACAAUUCAGAUACAGAAAGAUCAUUCACAAAGAGGAGAAUUCAAGCCAAGUGAGCAAAAGCACUAACCAUCGACCAAAUCAGCACUUCUUAGGUUGUUCAGGUGCGUGUACGUCUACCCUGUUCGUUGACUUGGCCAUUGGAGUUUAUCACAUACACAGGUGCUGGUUGGUUGCAACAGCUGGUGUCACCGGUCACAUGGUCCCUAAAUGGUUUUGAUAAACCCCAGCCACGAGUGGUACACGAAGUAAGCAAACUAUCCGAACCCGCCUGAUGACAGAUCCCAAUUCUCUCCACCUCCAACAGCUGCGCAAGCUUGUUCAAUCCUCCAUGAAGACUGUUACAAAACUUCAUCAAAUGCUUAAUGUCAUAAACG